AUGGAGGGCGCCGGGAGGACGACGACGACGGCGUGCGUGACCGGCGCGGGCGGCUUCGUGGCCUCGUGGCUCGUCAAGCUGCUCCUCUCCCGCGGCGGCCGCUACGCCGUCCACGGCACCGUCCGUGACCCGGGCGACGCCAAGAACGCGCACCUGCCGGCGUUGGACGGCGCCGCGGAGAGGCUGCGGUUGUUCAAGGCCGACCUGCUGGACUACGGCAGCAUGGCGGCGGCCGUCGCUGGCUGCGACGUCGUCUUCCACGUCGCCUGCCCCGUCCUCGCCAAUUCCACCCCCAACCCCGAGGCUGAUCUGAUUGCUCCUGCUGUGACCGGCACGAUGAAUGUCCUCAAGGCUUGCACUGAGGCCAAGGUCAAGAGGGUCGUGGUGGUAUCUUCGGUGUCUGCUGUCAUGGUGAAUCCCAGCUGGCCUGAAGGCAAGGCCAUGGAUGAAGACUGCUGGUCUGACGUCGAGUACUGCAGGACGACCGAGAAUUGGUACUGCCUUGCCAAAACACUAGCAGAGCUUGAGGCCUUCGAAUACGCAAAGAAAAGCGGACUAGAUGUUGUGACAGUCUGCCCAUCCUUGGUGAUCGGGCCCUUGUUGCAGCCUACAGUGAACGUCAGCAGCUCGGUCAUAGUUGAUUUCUUGACAGGUGAUCACGAGGUGAAGACUAAAAUUCGAAACUUCGUAGAUGUUCGGGACCUUGCCGAUGCUCUUGUCCUGGUGUAUGAAAACCCAGAGGUCUCCGGACGCUAUGUAUGCAAUUCACAUGCAACGAAGGUCUCUCAUGUCAUAGACCUGCUGAAGAGCAUGUAUCCCGCUUACAAAUUUGCGAGCAAGUUCGUCCAAGUGAGUGAUGAGCCUUCAUUUAGUUCCAGAAAGCUCGAGAUGCUGGGCUGGAAAGUCCGGCCACUUGAAGAGACCCUCAGGGAUGGUGUCGAAUCAUACAGGACUGCAGGUGUCCUUGAUUGAGCAACCAAUGUUGAUGUAUUGCAUGAGCAUGAGAUGUCUGUGGAAGGUUUCUCUGCCUAUUCUGACCACAUUGUAGCUUUUCUGUAAGACAAUAUUGGCCUCGAU